AUGAUGAUGAAAAACAAGCGCAGGAUGGGAGUCCAUGAGAAACAACGUCCUUGCAAGAAAGUAAUUAGGCCAACUUUAGAUGGUACCUCCUCAGCGAGAUCGGACAGCUCGAGGGAACCCAGUCCAGGCGCGUUGAGUCAACUCAGUGAGCAAGUAGUUUCAAGAUUGUGUAGGAGUGUUGUGUCGCUCGCCUCAUUCCAUGGUGAUACCAAGUUAGGGGAAUGCACAGGCAUAUGCAUCGAAACCUCAUGCCCUGAUGCUACAAGUUUCCUGACAUCGAGACUUUUGAUUCCACUUACUUGGCCUACAAGGGAGAUCACUGAAAAUUUGACGAUUGAAGUGCACCUUCCAAAUGGUCGGACUGUCACUGGCUGGAUAGAGCAUCCUGGGAGAUAUGUUGAUUUUUUAAUCGUCAAUGUCAAGGACUUGUCUGUAUUUGAUGUCGCGCGUGUAAGUCUUGAUUGUGACAUGCAGUUUGAACCUUAUAGGAAGGUAGCAGCUGUAUGGCGCAAUUUCAGUUCAGGACUUUUAGGGGCCACAAGCGGAGUAGAUCUUGCCUCUCUAAGCGCUCUAACCAGUGAGACAAUGUUCAGCACAUGCCAGAUCAACAAGGCUGGGAUUGGAGGCCCCCUUGUUGAUUUUGAUGGUAACUUUGUUGGGAUGAACUGCUCUCGUACCAGAAGGAAAAAGACCCCCUACGUGCGAAGGGAGCAAAUCCUUCAAUUCUUGGAGUAUUACAGGAUGGUCAGUGUUAGAGCUAAGGAAGAGAUUGAUGAUGCUGAAGAACCCGGAAUCGAAAGUGAGAUGAAACAACUACUUUGCAGCAUUCCAGGAGGCAAGCGUAAGAUUCAUUUUCUUGAAGCAAAUUUCGUCGACGAUAUCUGGAGUAAACUACCCAAAGGCGUUGCUUCAAAAAUGUCUCGAAGUGUUGUCUCACUUGCUUCAUUCAAUGGAGUUGCAAAAUUCUUUGCUUGCACUGGUGUAUUUAUAAAGUGCAAUGCAUGCUCUGCAACAAUUCUGACUUCAGCAAGUUUGGUUAGAGUUUCUGGUGAUGCAAACAGGAUUGAUGAUAACCUGAGGAUUGAAGUUUGCCUUCCAAACCAAUUUCGAGUCGUAGGGAUACUGAAACGUUAUAAUUUACAUUACAACGUUGCUCUUGUUGACAUCAUGGGGUACUGGGGUCCUCGUGAAAUAAAAAUUGGCAGGCAUCUAGUUACCUCAUGUAAAAGUGUAAUAGCUGUGGGGCGUCUUUUUACUUAUCACAGUAUAAUGGCUGCAAAGGGCAAGUUGUUGAUUGGCAAACGAAGCAAGCUCGAUUGCAAAGAACUAUGCGUCUCCACGUGUAAAAUCACCAAGGCUGGGAUUGGAGGCCCACUUAUUGACACUGGUGGGAAUUUUCUUGGUAUGAACUUUUACCAUGAGGAAGAAACUCCGUUCCUGCCGAGGGAUGUUAUUCACCGCCUCUUGUUGAACUUAAAUAAAGGAUGGACUAGGGCAGAUGAGACUAUUGUUGAGGGUGACGAAAAGAGAUGGCUGUUGGCUGGUACAUGUUGGUCCCAUGGAAAUGCCGAGGGUGGUGUCAACAAGUGGCCGUUGCCCGAGCCAUGUGUGCUCCCUGCUGAUAUACCUGACCCUAGUACACUGGAUUUCUACAAGCUGGAUAAGGAGGCAGUGUGCUUUUUAGUCCUGCUACUGCUCGUGGUAAUCGAUAAUGUGUUCAUGUUGGUUGGCUGUCUGACGUCCACUCCAGUCUUUGUGUUGCACGAUGAAUGUAAAUGA